AUGUGCCUAGCGGGAGCCAGCGUGACAGUGACACACAGUAUCCUGUCCCUGAACCCGAGGGUGCAGACCCACGCUGCCAUCCACUAGACAGCCGUGAAGAAGAACGAGAAGAAACGCUGGAAUAGAAACCCAGAGAAGAGCUGUGAUGGAAGUCCCUGUGGGAAGUUGGAGAACAACUUUGACGAUAUCAAGCACAUGACUCUAAGCGAACACUGGGCACUCUGUGAGGCGUUCAGGUGUCUGAAAUGUGCUGAAGCACCAUGCUAGAAGAGCUGCCUCACCAACCUGGACAUCAAGUCCUUCAUCCCCAGCAUCUCAAACAAAAACUACUAUGGAGCGGCCAAGGCCAUCCUGUCGGACAACUUCGUGAGGCUGACGUGUGAGAUGGUGGGCCUCACGUAGGAGCUCUGUGUGGGGGGCUGCAACCUCUUCGCCUCCGAGGAAGGACCCAUCAACAUUGGGGGCCUGCAGCAGUUUGCUGUUGAGGUUUUCAGCAAGAUGGUAAUUCCUGAGGUUCGUAAUCCUGACUUGCUGCCUCCAGAUCAGAUGUCGGAGAGCUUUCAUGUCAAGACCGCUAUGAUUGGCUGUCCCCCGGUGACCUUCAACUGUGCCUCAUACCUGGCCAGACUGGGGUAUGACAUCACUGUGUUCAAUUAACAGACAUAUAUUGGAGGAUUGAGCCAUCCCUCAGUUCCUCCUGCCAUCCCUCAGUUCCUCCUGCCCUAUGAGGUGAUGGAGUUUGAGAUUGAUCUGAGGAAAGACCUGGGGGUGAUGGUUGUCAGAGAGAAGGGACUGGGUAUGAACGGGAUGAGCCUGAACUCCCUGAAAGACAAGGAAAUCCAGGCUGUCUUCAUUGGAAUUGGCAUGUGUAGCUGUAAGUCUCAGCUGCCUGAGCUCCAUGGUGUGGUCAUCAUGCAGGGUGCCGGUGACACAGCGUUUGACUGUGCCAUAAAGCUAGAGCCUCUCAGAAUGGAGCUGGUCAAAGAGGAGAAGUGUGAGUUCCUGCCCUUCCUGUGCCCUCGUGAGGUCAUCAUGAUGAACGGCUGCGUGGCCGGCCUGUGGUUUUUCCGCACCAAGCAGACGGAGUGCGAUUGGCUGGAGGACAAGGACUAGAUCGUCCAGCUCAAAGUCAAUUAUAUCAUCAGCACCGUCGGCUCCACGCUGAGUGACCCUCAAAUCCAGAAGGCCAUGGCUCCCAUCAAGCUGAACCACUGGGGCACCCCAAACUUGCACCCUGAGACCAUGCAGAGCAGUGAGCCCUGGGUUUUCGCCAGCGGAGACAUCGCAGACUUGGCAAACAACAACGGCAAGCAGGCCUCCUGGCACAUCCACCAGUACCUCCAUGGUGUUACAGCAACGUUGAGUAUCUCCCGUCUGAACAGACUGUUCCGCGUCUCUGUGUCCUGUCUUUGA